AUGGCGUAUUACGUCAUCAAUUACUCUAAACUCCGUAUUUGGGAGUUUGUGGAGUAUAGCAAGAUGAUAUACCUGGACGGUGAUAUCCAAGUGUAUGAUAACAUUGAUCACCUGUUUGAUUUGGAGGAUGGGCAUUUGUAUGCCGUUAUGGAUUGUUUCUGUGAGAAAACAUGGAGCCACACUCCUCAGUACAAGAUCGGCUACUGCCAGCAAUGUCCAGACAAGGUGAAGUGGCCGGAAGAUCUGGGCCAGCCACCAGCUCUUUACUUCAAUGCCGGCAUGUUCGUAUUCGAGCCGAGCCUCUCUACGUAUGAGAAUCUCAUGAGCACACUCAGGAUAACUCCACCUACUCCCUUUGCAGAGCAGGAUUUCUUGAAUAUGUUCUUCAGGGACAUCUACAAGCCAAUUCCAAACAUCUACAAUCUUGUUCUUGCCAUGUUAUGGCGCCACCCGGAGAAUGUCGAGCUCGAUCAAGUGAAAGUUGUUCACUAUUGUGCGGCGGGUUCUAAGCCAUGGAGGUAUACAGGGAAGGAGGAGAACAUGCAAAGAUCAGAUAUUAAGAUGCUGGUGAAGAAGUGGUGGGAUAUUUACAAUGAUGAAUCUUUGAAUUAUAAGAAAUCGGUGGCUCAGAAUGAGGGAGCUGUCGAGCCGGGAGUGUUGCAGCCACUGAUUGUGGCUGCCAUGAAUGAGGCCAAUGCGACUGGAAUGAAGUUUAUAGCAGCCCCUUCUGCAGCCUAA